AUGGAGAUCGCGACGUCUAUCGCGAUACAGGCACUGCUGCUCGGUCUCACAUUCGUUGUUGUUGGCUUGCGAUGCUGGAUCCGUCUCCGUUUAGAACGCCGCACUUUGACUCUCGCCGACUACUUUGUGUUUGGAGGACUGAUAUGUGUGGUGGGAUGGGUUGUAUGCUCCAUCAAAGCACUCCAUCUUCAAAUCGAUUUCCCUUUGGAAGGGGAAGAGUUGGUGACCAACUCCGUCGACUAUCUGAAGGUGGUCUUUGUAGCAUCCUACUUCUUCGAUGUCGGAGUCUAUUUUCCCAAGGCCUCUCUCAUCGCAUUCUAUUGGUGGUUGAUCCCACUUAGCUUUGGGCGUCUUCGUGUAUGGGUGUAUGUGUGUACGGCAUACACGGCUGCUGUCUUUGUGGCAUCAAUAUUGACGGACACAUUCAUUUCACCCUCGAUCUCUGACAACUGGUCCAUCGAAAACCAGUUAAACUCCGUUUGGAACUCAUAUCCCGCCUUCGUCAUCAACUGGUCGUUGCAUAUUUCUAGCGACAUACUACUAUUUGCGUUUCCUUUCUUCUUCAUCACUCGCCUCAAGCUUCAACGACGUCAGAAGUUCGGUCUAGUUGGUGUUUUUUCCCUAGGACUCAUCACGAUGUCCAUCACGUUCGCCCGUUUCGUCGUAUACACGGUAACAGAUUUCAAUAUUGACGACACUUCUGGCAAUGCAUGGUGCACAGGCGAAAUGUGCACAGCAAUCAUCGUCGUUUGUCUACCCACUUUCAAAGUCCUCAUCGUGCGAGCAUCUCCCGGAAAUACAUCAAAUCGCAGCAAUACCGGAUACGUGCACGCAGGCUCCAGCAAACCCUUUAGCAAUUUGGGCGGAACCACGAGAUCACACGUUCAGGCCGGGAGAGUAGACGACGAGAUGGAACUGGUCUAUCUCGAACGAAAAGCUAGCCCGAGUUCAACCGGAACAAUAGCCGAAAUAGCAACAGAGGAAGGCAAAGAUAGUGUGAUGGUAACGACAGAUAUAACAGUUACGAGGGCGGGGGUAUAA